CAUAAAUGCACAACAGGCAAGCAUUUAAGGCAAACAAAUUCACGUCAGAUUCAGAUCUGCUUGGGUUUUGAGACAAACUCUGACGCUUUCUCAACCUGCCGACAGGAUGAAGUGUGUUAUGAUCUUUCUCGUGCUUUCUCUGGUCGUCCUGAUGGCCGAACCUGGAGAGGGAUUUCUAAGGUCUAUUUGGCGAGCCGGCAAGUCCAUGUUUAAAGGAGCCAGACGAGGUUUCAGAGACUAUAGACAACAGCGAAGACUGGAGAAAGUAGAAAGAUACAGGCAGAAAUAUGAAAAUGAGAACCAGCCAGAAGACGAACCCGAACGCCGUCGCUCCACCUGAAGAUUCACCGAACGUCAGAAAACGACUUUUGGAUCUCAAGAUGCAGCAUUUAGCUUUUCCGCUUUUACUUUAAUAAAGGAAAAUAAAGAGCGAAUAGACAAACAUGUCAAAAACCUGUUAGAUUUUCUG